AUGCAGUCGGCAGUACGUCUGCCUUCCCCCGAGGCCGCCGACGCCCAGUCGCAUGCUUCUGGUGGUCGCAAACGUUCGCCCUCGUCGCGUUCUCCAUCACCUGAAAGACGCCCUCCAACCCUGCGCACACGCUCUGUCGACCAGAACACGAAUAACGAUCCUUCACCGCCGCGCAAUCCUUCGCACUCCCGCUCACGCUCACCACCUCCUCUUCGUAGCGGUCCCCUUCCUCGCGAUGUCGACCGUCAGAGAGCCCUUGAACGCCAAAGACAGGCCGAAGUGCGCCGUCGCGAAGAAGUCAAAGAGGACAAGCCUCUAUCAGCUGCCGAGAAGCAAGCCGCCGCAAAAGCCGAAUAUGCACGCCUGCUCACCAUGCGCUCGGGAGGAACCUAUGUGCCGCCAGCCAGGUUGCGCGCCCUCCAGGCUGAAAUCGGCAACGACCCACAAUCCAGCGAGUUCCAGCGCAUGGCUUGGGAAGCCCUCAAAAAGUCCAUCAAUGGUCUGAUCAACAAGGUCAACGUUUCCAACAUCAAAUACAUUGUUCCCGAGCUGUUUAGUGAGAAUCUCAUCCGUGGCCGUGGUCUCUUCUGCCGAAGCAUCAUGAAGGCUCAGGCUGCCAGUUUGCCUUUCACUCCUAUCUACGCCGCUAUGGUCGCCAUUGUCAACACAAAACUUCCCCAAGUUGGCGAGUUGCUGGUCAAUCGCCUGAUCGUACAGUUCCGCAAGGCUUUCAAGCGCAACGACAAGGCUGUCUGCCUGAGUAGCACUACCUUCCUAGCCCACCUGAUCAACCAGCAGGUUGCUCACGAAAUGCUCGCCGCCCAAAUUCUGUUGCUUCUACUAAACAAGCCUACGGACGACAGCGUCGAGAUUGCCGUGGGUCUGAUGAGAGAGGUUGGCCAACAUGUUGAAGAGUUCAAUUCGCAAAUUGCCAUGGCCGUCUACGAUCAGUUCCGCAGCAUUCUGCACGAAGCCGAUAUCGACAAGAGAACCCAGUACAUGGUCGAAGUUUUGUUCCAGGUCAGAAAGGACCGCUACAAGGAUAAUCCUUCGGUCAAGGAAGAGCUGGAUCUUGUUGAAGAGGAGGAUCAGAUCACCCACAACACUGGACUGGACGACCAGAUCGAGGUCCAGGACGGCCUCAAUGUCUUCAAAUUUGACGCCGACUGGGAAUCGAACGAGGAGGCCUACAAGAAGCUUAGGGCUGAGAUUCUUGGCGAGGCUGACGGAAGUGAUGAGGAUGAUGAAGACGAUUCGGAUGUCAGCAGCAGCGAAGAUGAAGACGAUGAAGCCGACAAGCAGGUCGAGAUCAAGGAUCAAUCCAACACCGAUCUGGUCAACUUGCGCCGAACCAUCUACCUCACCAUCAUGUCUUCUGGAGGCUUCGAAGAAUGUACCCACAAGUUGUUGCGCAUCAACUUGCCCCCUGGACUGGAGCAUGAACUUCCAUCGAUGAUUGUCGAGUGUUGCUCCCAGGAACGUACUUACAACAAAUUCUUCGGCUUGAUCGGUGAGCGUCUUUGCAAGAUCAAUCGCAUGUGGAACGAGCUCUUUGAGGCUUCGUUUGUCAAGUACUACGACACGAUUCACCGUCUGGAAACCAACCGUCUUCGCAUCGUCGCCCAGUUUUUCGGCCAUCUUCUCUCCUCGGAUGCUAUUGGCUGGCACGUUAUCAGUGCUGUCCAUCUGAACGAAGAUGAGACCACUUCAUCGUCACGCAUCUUCAUCAAGAUCUUGAUUGAAGAGCUUGCUCAGAAUAUUGGAAUGAAAAAGCUGUCGGAGAGAAUAAAGGACGAUGCCUUGCUACCUGCGUUGGCUGGAAUUUUCCCUGUCGACAAUCCCCGCAACACUCGUUUCAGCAUCAACUUCUUCACUGCCAUCGGUAUGGGUGUGUUGACCGAGGGUAUGAGAGAAUAUCUCAAGAACAUGCCUAAGCCAACACUGCCUGCCCUGCCUGUCAGA